CUGCAGGAACAUCCAUAUUUUUUUAAAAAUGUAGACAAGUAGUGUACUGGUGACUACAGGCUUAUCCCUGAUUAAGAAAAAUGAUUUGAAAUGAUUUAAAACAAUUCGAAUUGACUAACAUAUAGAUAUAAACUUAGCAUGAAUCAAAUCAUUUUUCUUAAUAAGGGAUAUUCAGCAAGAUUGUUAUACGAUUGUUUCAUGGGUUUACUGAUCUGUCAGAAUAUUUUAAAAUAAUUAAAUAAUAAUUAUGGAGAUGUUAAAAAAUAAUCCAAAAAGUUUAAUUCAGCGGGCAUUAAUUAGCACUGAUCGUCAAAAAUUAAUUACAGAAUAUUUUAAAUCUAAAUUUGAAAACAAUCAAAUAAAAAAAUACCCUGAAUCAGACGUUGCAAAAUCUGGUCCGGAUAUUGAAUUAUUGAAAGCAUGCAGAGAGUUAUCACAAAAUGAAAGAGAACUUGAAGCAAAACAUGAAGAAUAUGUUGAAAAACGUAAAUUUAUGAAUCAACAAUGGAAUGAAAUGAGAAGAAAAGAAUCAUUAUUACGGGAAUCUUUUAUAAAAUUUGAUAAUUUCGUUAAGGAAAAUUAUGAAAAACGUUUACGUGCUCAAAGAAAAAUUAAUGAAGAAAAAGAGCGCCAGAAAAUAUAUCAAAAUCAAAUUUCAGAUUUAGAAGAAAAACUCGUGUAUCUGGCAGCUAUACGUGAUAAAAUGCAAAAAUAUGUAAAAGAUUAUAAUUCAUCACAAAUUUAUUUAGAAUCAGUUGUGAAUAAAAUUGAAGAAUUUCAAUCAAUUAAUCAGAUUUUUAAUCGAUACGAAAGUUUAAUGGAAGUGAGACAAAAUCUGGCUGAACAUCAAGACAAAGAUCUUCACACUCUUGAAGAAAUUGGUAUUGAAAUGCAACGAAUGACUGAAGGAAAAGGACACACAUUGAUCAGUUUAAACAAUCAACUUGCAACUUUACAAAGCAGAUACGACCGCGUUAAAGUAGAAGCACUGAAGUGGGAAAGUGCAGUAUCGCGAAUAAAAUCAACAUCAGCUGAAAAAACUCUCGAGUUAAUAAGAAUUCGAUUUGCAUGCUGGAAUCUUUAUACUCAAAUGUGUAAACGGAAAGGCAUUCCAACAGACGUUUCAAAAAAUGACAUUGAAAAUCAAUUAGUUCACAUUAAACGAACAAUUGUUGAACUUAAACGAAUUGUGAAAACAGCAAAAAAACGUUGCACAAAAGCAAAUAAAACUCUUAAUAAAUAACAAAAUAACUAUUAAAAUAUUGUCACCGACGAUUACUCAAUCAGUAGAAAAAUAUUUUUGUAAUUACAAUAAUUUAAUUUUUUUCUUUAUAGUGAAACUAAUUAUUAUUUUAAGUUUUAUUUGUUAUAAAAACUAAAGUAAUUGCGUACUACAAGCAU